CACACACAGGCUUAUGCCUUUGGAACAGGGCCAGUCAGGAGAAAGGGCUGGGAGUAAGAAAGGGCCAUCUUUGCAGGCUCAUGCCUUUAGGGCAGCCUAAAAGCCGGUCUUAUUCAUUUCUCCCUGCCUGUUGUCUUAGCCCAAAUUGAAGCCCAGGUUUAAAUUCGUGGAAUCACGUUUUCUGUUCCUGGAAACCAGUUUGAGUGAGCUGCAUUACUUACCUAACAAACAGUUGAAGUUUACAAGAUAAAAGAAGCAAUGGCGUCGUGUCAACUUCCCACUGGAAACAAACACGUGUAAACAAACGCACUCAACAAGCCACACGUAGAACCCCUGCUGGCCUGUUCCUGUUCCUGUUCCCGAUGCCACCGCCAAGGUAUUUACCCAUGAUGUCUCUCUUAUUCAAGCCAAGUUGCCAAAAUCCUAUAAAAAUGGUGCAAAAUUCGCACGAAUUCAUGAUUCGAUUCGCCAGUACCAUACGCACUGUCGCAGAGGUCAUCCGUUUCUAUUACUACUUGGUUUUACUAGUUGGUGCUCUCCAAUCCAAUCAGUAAAUUUCACUAUUCACUCCUAAAUACUUAAAAAGGUACUCUAGAAAACAGUCAUGGCAGUUGGAGCUCCAAUUCCAAUAUGUGUGCAGUGUGGCACGGCCGGCAACCCCUGUAGGUGCAAGGUGGUGGGUCCGACGCUCGGGUUCUUGGCAUUUGCGGCCGCUGCGCUGGUGGAGUGGCCUGUCGGUGCUCUGGUUUAUUGCUUUCGCCACAUGAAGGGCCGCCGCAUCAUGGCUCAUCCGGCCACCGUCGUUUUUCCUUCCGUCUCAAAUUCCAUCCCUAUUUGAGAUUUCGCGUCACGACGGUAGUGAGAUAUACUUAGUACAUUGAUCUUGUCACAUACAUGAUACAUGUGGGUGUUGUUGUUGACUUGUUGUCUUGUUCUGUUCUUAUUUUUUUCACUAGUCUAUUAGCUGGGGACUGUUUCUUCACCAAUGUUGUCUUGUCUGUCUAACUCUUUCGUUUUCUUUUCUCCCCCUCCUCUUUUAAUUUUCCUUUUAUGUACUACUUUAUGAAUGAAUGGUGCUAUGAUGUUUUUGUGAUUGAUCA